AUCCCGCGCGAGUAUUCCCACAGCACAUACCCCUGCCGACUGGUUUCGCUUUUCGACAAGCUCAGUUAGCCUCCUCAGCCUAGACCUUCUAUGCAUCCUGCUGGAAUUGGUCGAGAGGACUGGAAAUGCGAGACGUGUCGUUUUACGACACGAAAGCGGAAGCAACGAGGAAGUCUGUAAGGCUGGUGCUGUGAGGAUCGUUUCUGUAGCUAAGCCAGGGUGGCGUGAAAAUGAAGAGCAAAGUGAAAAUACUGGUGAAAAUACUGGUGAAAAUACUCCAGUGUAUCAAGGGGAGAAUGGGAUAAUUCAGCUCUUCGCAUCAGGAAACGCACGGGUACGGGUAACACCGCGGUUCUUUGCUGACGGGUUUGGCGGGUACGGGUACGGUGUUGGAUAUUCAUACCCGUGA